UUUGAAAACUGGCCUAAGUAUAUUCUGAGAAUUAUAGACUGACCUAUUUAACAUGACCUUUAUUAAUUUUGGGUUUUUCAGGAUAAAACAAAAGCAAGCACUUCAAUAGCGCCGUUUUCUGGCGAGUCUCCAGCAUCGAUUCCUUCGUCCUCACUGCUCCCAACUACCUCCUCGCUCGGAUCUUCAACUGUGCUGGAAGAUAACGCUAUAGCCCAACCUGGUGGAUCCAAAGAAGCUAUUCUUCCACUCACAAUCGGUGCUGAUUGUGGUAGCGCUCAGCAAGGGUAUGCGGUCAACAUUUCGGAUGACGACAUUAAAGCGGCUUGCCAACAGAAAAGGGUUCAUCAAACUCUAUCAUCUGAUGAGGAUGAAAGCAGCACUACGAAGAAAUCGCGUACCUACAAGGCCCACGCAGAAGAUGCAAGCAAGACUUGCAUAGCUGCAUUGCAAGUAACAAUUAGCAAAUUGGAACAGUCCGAAAAUCGGGGAUUACUGACUGAAAGUGGAUAUGCUGAGCUUCAGGAGGCGAAGAAAUCAAUAAAAAAGGAAACUAAGAAUUUAGAGAAACUAAAAAGUAACCAAACAGCAUCAAAAAAAAUAUAGGAAAAAAAAAGAAGCUUUUCAAGCUUUGGUAGCUACAAAUCCUGGAGCAGAAUCGAUAAUAACUUUACACGAGCAUCCCGGUCGCCCACGGCUGGAAAAUGAAGACAAUUUAAUAAAAACUAUUGCCGAAAUCGCCAUGUAUGGAAGUUCAGUGGAUGAGAAACGUAGAAGCGAGAUAAUUCGUUCUUGUCGCACCUUGGAUGACCUACACAAAAAACUCACUGAUGUAGGUUUUGAUUUUGAGAUUUUCCGCUCAGCUACAUAUUUAAGACUCAUACCCCGCAAAUCCAGUUCAUUGGAGGGUAAAAGACAUGUUAAAACAGCUCCAGUGCGUUUGAUUCGAGCUCAAGAAGAUUAUCAUAAGUCUCACCCAGAUACUGCGUUCUGCGUCGCUUCCAUCCGAAGACUGGAAUGUCUUGCAUCUCUGAUUGGAGAUGAUUCAGCUUUUAUAUCUCAGGACGACAAAGAAAGGGUACCAAUCGGCCUAACUGCUGCUAACAAGCAAGCACCGUUCAUGAUGCAUAUGGACUAUUUAGUCCGCCUACCAGACCAUACCUUCGUUGUCGGACCCGGACACAAGUUGAUCCCAAGUGUCUAUGCCGGAUGCCGGGUUAAUGAAACAAAGCCGAUUGGCCAGCCUGACGGAGUGUCCUAUAGCGGCCCAAUAUACAUAGCAAUUAGGAGUGGAAAACACUCGUCUUCAACUGCAGCAACACACGCCCAAGACUUCGAGAGAUUAUUGACUCUUGACAACUUUAAGAGUAUUUUGAAAACACCCUCGGGGGUGGUGAAGCCAGUGCUGAUUUUCACUGUUGACGGAGGUCCUGACGAAAAUCCCCGUUACCAAAAAGUCAUUGCCUACGCUGUGCGACAUUUUUUGGACCACAAUUUGGACUAUAUUGCAAUAGCAUGCAAUGCACCUGGACGCAGUGCGUUUAACCGUGUUGAAAGGAGAAUGGCACCACUCAGUCACCAGCUUGCAGGAUUAAUAAUUCCACACGAUAAAUUUGGCAGUCAUCUCGAUACCCAGCGGCGCACUAAAGACGUCGAUUUAGAGAAAAAGAAUUUUAAAUGUGCCGGGGAAACGCUUGCUAACGUUUGGAACGAGAUGGUCAUAAACGGGGAAAGCGUAGUGGCAGAGUAUAUCUGUCCAGAUAAACCAGAUCCGGAGAUUGGCACCCAUCCUGGACCUGAAUGGUACACCAAGCACGUUAAGGAGUCUCAAUAUAUGUUACAGAUUUCCAAAUGCUCAGAUCUGGCUUGCUGCACAAUGUCACGUAGCAAAUUACGCAAGAUCCUCCCUGAUGGAUUUAUGCCGCCACCCCUGCUGCUUACAUCAAAUCUGGAAGCAGCGCCUCCUUUAAAAGAGGACGCCAGCUUCUGUCCUCUUUACCUUCAGAUAGCACUGAAAGUGGAUGUACCUCUUGGACAUUUUAAGAAACUUCCAUAUGACUUCUACUGUCCUACGUUACAAGGCGAGCUAAUAGAAAGAUGCUGUUCGAAAUGUGGUACUUACUUUGCUUCAAAAACCUCCAUGAAGGAGCACAAAAAAAAUAUGAAAGAUUAUGUACACGGUUCACCGGAUCAGUGUUUAAUGGAACAGGAAACAGGAGGUCCUGCGGCCCCUCGUCGUAGUGCUCGAAUCUUGGGACGGCGAGGAAUAGAAGUCCUUCAACAGUUGCAUGACGGCGUAACGGGACAGGCACUUGACGUUGAAUGGGUUGAAGACGUGGAUGAAUCGAGCCAAACCGAAUAUCGGGAGGAAAUGGAGAUAUUACCCGUGAUCCAGAAUUUAAAAGAAUGGAUGAAAGCUCCUUGGGAAAAAAGAAAAAGUAAAAAAGUAGUUUAGUAGUAUAUUAUAUCAAUGAUUAUUGCCAAAGUAUAAUAAUAAAAGGUGAUUUUAUAACCACGUGUUUUAAUCAUAUAAUACCAUAUUUUUCUCAAAUCUGCAAUGUUUUUUUUUGUAAAACUAGUAAUGACGUCAAUUUCGGGAGAAGGGGGGGGUCUAAAAUCUGAAAAAAUCGAUGACGUAAUUUAUGGACGGCCCCAUAUGCCAAUGUGCAAAAAAAAAACUUACAUAACUUUGACCAACAGAACCAUACACACUUUUACAAACAUACAUCGCAUAUGACAAGUGCAAAAUCAACCCUUAUUCAUAUACAACGUGGCAUGCGUAAAUGAAAACAAAGUCAACAAGUCAUGUGCAUAUAUACGGGCAGAUGUGUGUACAAAAAAUUCGCAUAUUUACAUACGCACAUUCUUUGACAAAUACAGUCAAACCCGGUUAAGUGCCAAAACCAAAGUUGCAGAUUUUUUGUGCUUUGUAGUACAUAAGCGAUUGUGGUACUUAAGAGACUGGUACCAAAAAAAUAAUUUCUAUGUAUUUAAAAAAAAUUACCGUUUUCCUUAAAAAAUUAAGAAAAAAAAAAACGUGAGAUGCAGCAAGACACAGGCAGAUAAAAGGGAUUGGAGGAGUGAUACUUAACCGGG